AACAAAUACUGUAUGCUCCUACUACCAUAAUAGGUCAUUGGCGCCAUUUUACACAUGGUUUUAUCGUUUCGCAAUAUUCACAAUGUUUAUAAGGUGACACGGGGACUCAGGGGUUAUAAAAUGUCGCAAUCUAUCGGAACCAACAACAACAAAGUGUAUAGACUUGUCUUGACUGGUGGUCCAUGUGGUGGGAAAACAACUGGACAGUCAAGGAUAUGUUCAUUUUUUGAGAGUAUUGGAUGGAAGGUCUACAGGGUACCAGAGACAGCAACAGUACUCCUAAGCGGUGGAAUUAAGUUCCCAGAACUCUCAGCUGAGGAUGCGUACAACUUCCAAGAGAAUCUCCUAAAUACAAUGCUUAGGAUUGAAGAUACAUAUUUUGAUCUCGCAUCCACAUGUAAACGUAAUUGCCUCGUUAUAUGUGACCGGGGCGUCAUGGAUGCCACCGCAUAUCUGCCACCUGAAUCAUGGGAAAAGAUGAGGAACAAAAAUGAUUGGAACAAUGUUGAACUCAGGGAUAAUCGAUACAACCAGGUGAUUCAUCUUGUAUCUGCAGCUAAGGGAGCAGAGGAGUUUUACAGUUGUGAAUCAAAUCAGCAGAGGUCUGAAGGAUUGGAUCUUGCACGACAUUUAGAUGACAAGGCAUCACAGGCGUGGGUCGGGCACCCCUAUUAUGAUGUCAUAGACAAUACCACAGAUUUUGAAGGAAAAUGUGUUCGCACUGUUGCAGCUGUCUGUAACAGAUUAGGAAUUGAUGCAGGUGAUAGAUUAUCCCUCGAUGCCAAAAAGCGGAAAUUCCUUGUUGCAAAACUUCCACCAGAUUUGUUGGAUGUGUGUAUUACCAGUGAUCAACCAGCAGAAGGAUCCAAUAAGUUGAAGACGACAAAUUCGGAGGUGUGCCACAUAAAUGUUUAUCCACAAUUCCAAGACUUUAUUGUUCUCCAUGACUACCUCGUGACACCAAACUCAAAGAUGCAGGCUCGAGUCAGGAGACGUGGACAAAAUGUUGAGUGGGAUGUUGAAAGAGGAGUAUGGAAGCUUGAGACGGGCAACUGGACCUACACACACACAUUACGUAAACCUAGAGUUGAUCAUCAAAAAGUUGAGACCAAAAUGAAUAUCAGCAAGCGUGAAUAUCAGCUGCUUUUGGCCCAGAGAGAUCUGAAACACUUCACCAUCUACAAGAAACGUCGCUGUUUCCUAUGGAACAACCAGUACUUCCAGAUGGAUAUUUAUCAAGACCCAUGUCAUCCAAGGGCCAAGGGAAUUAUCAUCCUGGAGACCUACACUACUUUGCAUGACGACAAGUUAAAAUUACCAGACUUUUUGGAUAUAACUAGGGAAAUCACAGUCGAUACACAAUAUUCAAUGUUCAACUUGUCGUUAAAAGAAGACUGGACUGGCUCGAAAAAACUUUUACAAUCUCUUUCAAAGGAUGAGGAUUCUAAAGAUGAAGCUUUGGAGACUUCAUAACACAGGAUGGAGUUUCUAUUUUAUGGUGUAGUCAUAUUUGAUUGUCCUGUAUUUUAUAUUUAAAGAGGCAGACUGGUAUAGAAUUAAUCACAAAUGGUUUAAUGUUGAAGUAGUUCAUCAGAAUAUAAAUACAUCAAAUGUGUGAAGAAAUCAUAUCCACAAAUGGGAACAAACGUCAUCUAUUAGGAUUUUUCAGCAAAUGCUUUCUAUAUGUUAGAACUUGUGUAGAAUUAUAUAUUGAGAAAAAUGGUUGUGAUCUCCCCUGUGCUAAAUUCUCAUUUAACUUAUUUUCGUAUUUCAUACGUUUCAAAAGGUGCAACUUUUACAGCGGUGCUAAUGAACGACAGAUACAGAAAUCAUAUUAAAUGCUUGUAAAUGUCAAAACUGUUAUUUAUUAACUUAUAAAAUGAGUAAAUUUAAUCGAGGAAACAAUCAUAUUCUUACUCAUGUUACUAAUAAGUACAAUAAGUCUAAUUUGCUAUAUUGAUAUUUCAUAAUCAUGCUCUUCAAUUAUUUUUCCCUGUAAAUUAUCACCAGAGUCAUUAUAACUCUUCCCUGUUUUGUAAUGUGUUGUGUUGUGUAGUUGUGCCACCAUUUAAUCAUACUUCUGUACAUUUAACUUUUAUAGACAUAUCCAGGAAAGCUUCUUUGAAGGCCAACAUGUUCUUUAAUUUUGUGUGCUAUAAUACAUUGUCAUAAAGUGCCCUUUGUACAAGAGAACUCAGUCAAACACGUGUAUCUUAUUUUAUAUGCACUGACUUUACAGGCUAUCAGGUUUUAAUAUAUAAAAUAAACACAAUUACAGGAAUUAAAUGGGAUAGAGAGUGUAAAUUAAUCAUUUUGCAUCUUAGAUUGUACGUAUU